UGAUGCUGUCCUACCCGGCUGGAUCCCGGACUCCAGCUUUCACAGGCCUGCUUGGGUGUGAGAUGUUCCUUCUCACCUGUCAUAUCAGGGACUGCAGGGGGCUAGGGGUUGGUCUAAAGACCUAGGACUCUGGAUCAGCCUGAGUAGCUGAUGCUUUCCUCUGUGAUGGGCAGGUGUUGGAGAAGCUGCAGGAGAAGUUAGCAGGCUAGGGCUGGUCUCCUGAUUCAUUAUCCUGUUUCCCUGAUGGGCUGCAACUCAAGGCAACUUAUUCUGGGCCAUCUAGUUUCAGAGGUGGAGACGAGUGAGGCUGGCCGUGGGCAUGGUUGUCCCUCAUUGUAGUGCUGCUGAGAUUCUUCUAGGGGGCUGCCAGGGGCUUCUGCCAUGAUUCUAAGUAAGUGGAACUGGUUUGGCAUAUGCCCUGUCUCUCGGGUCUCUGGAAUGGGAGCCAGGUCUGGAAUCCACCCCAUGGAAGGGGCGGUUCCUGUUGUAGUCCAGCCCCUUCCUGGUCUAGGGCUUCAAAUACCUGUGGGUGCUUUGGAACCAGAGCUACUGUAUCCAAGACUGCAGUUCAUCUUGGGCCACGUGAGGCCCUUAAUCUGGAUUGAAUCUCUCUGACUGACUCAGGACCCUUGAGUUUUUGAUAGCACCUUAUUCACAACCCAGGCUUCCUGCUUUGCCAUGGGUUGGCCCUGGGCGUUGCUGACAGCACUUUGGGCACUGGGGGCCAUGGGGGCCACAGCGCUACGUAUUGGAGCCUUCAACAUUCAGAGCUUUGGUGACAGCAAAGUGUCAGAUCCAGACUGCGGCAGUGUCAUAGCACAGAUCCUGGCUGGCUAUGACAUCGCCCUGGUGCAGGAGGUACGAGACCCAGACCUGAGUGCAGUGUCCUUGCUCAUGGAGCAAAUUAACAGAGUGUCCAAGCACAAGUACGGUUUUGUGAGCAGCAAGCCACUUGGACGUGACCAAUACAAGGAGAUGUAUCUGUUUGUCUACAGGAAAGAUGCGGUGUCGGUUGUGAGCACAUACCAGUACCCAGACCCAGAGGAUGCCUUCAGCCGGGAACCUUUUGUGGUCAAAUUCUCAGCUCCUAGCUCUGCCGCCAAGGAGCUCGUGCUGAUCCCCCUGCAUGCAGCACCGCACCAGGCAGUGGCAGAGAUCGAUGCCCUCUACGAUGUGUACCUCGAUGUGAUUGACAAGUGGAACACCGAUGACAUGCUGUUUCUGGGCGACUUUAAUGCCGACUGCAAGUACGUCAAGGCCCACGACUGGGUAUCGAUCCGCCUGCGCAGCAGUGAGGUGUUUAAGUGGCUCAUCCCUGACAGUGCGGACACCACAGUGGGCAACUCCGACUGUGCCUACGAUAGGAUCGUAGUGAGUGGCGCCCACCUGCGCAGGAGCCUGAAGCCCCAGUCAGCCGCUGUUCAUAACUUUCAGGAGGAACUGGGCCUAGAUCAGACGCAGGCUCUUGCCAUCAGCGACCAUUUUCCUGUGGAAGUGACCUUCAAGUCUCACUGACAGCUGAGGCCCGGCCAGGAUAUGCCACCUGCAGACUCUGUCCCUAAGGAAUAGCAUCAUAAUGGAUCACUGGGUGGCGGGCCACCCACCCACUGAGAAUACAGGGCAGGGCCAGCUGGUGUGGACAGUGGCCAUGGGCACAUUACAGGAUUACUGGGAGCCUGUUUCCUGUCUGUAAGGAGUGCUGACAUCACGUGAUCUACCUCAUAGGGCUGCUGUGGAGAACCCGUGGAAAGCACCGGAGCAGCACGCACUAACUGCAUGCUUAGUGAACAAGCCGCUCUUACCAUUACCCACACGUUGGAUGAGGCCUCUGUGCCUUCUGAGACCUCGGUUCCUAGGCUGUAAAACUUGGUCUUAAUGCCCAGUAGAUCUCUUUCCAUUGCUCUCAAGGAAAUGGAUGGCUUAGCUUGUCCACUUCCCAGCCUGGUGGAAACCGGUCACUUCUAGACCAUGCCAGUUCCCUGUCCUUAUUUCCUUUGUACAAACUUCAAACACUUCCCGUGCUCAUUCUGCCCUUCAGGGAUCCUGACACACUCAUCUGAAGCAGAGGCUGGGUUCUUAUCUUGCUCUGCAGGAGCAAGGGAGGCUGCACCCACCCAGUGUGUGAGCUGUUCUGGAACUUUCUGGGGAGGAACCCCACACAGCAAAACAAAGGCACCUGCUUGGCACUCAAGUCCUGUCCAGAGCCCACGCCGUGCUUGGGUUGAGCCCUUCAAAGGAGUCUUAUGGUCUUAUGUAGCUUCUUCCCUGGAGUCCUGGGCAAGGCCCUGAGGAUGGAGGUUUAUGCUCGGGUGGGCCAUCACUUUAGGAGCAGGAAAUUGUCCCGUGGACAUAAGACUCUCGUGAGGUUUCUGGUUGUUAAAACUUCUCAUCUUUGUGUGUGUGUAUUUAUUUUUGUGUGUGUCUAUGGAGGUCAAUAAAAUAUCUUU